AUGGUUUUUAACGCAACAAUUUUCAAAGCUGGUGGUGGUGGUGAAUGUUUGGAAUAUUCCUUCUCCUUCCCAUCCACCACUGUCAGCAUGUUGUCUCAUAACGAGACAAUCUUCUCAUCAUCCACAAAGAAGGGAACAAGAAAGCUUCAUAAAAUACCAAAAACAGAACAAUGUUUUCUUUUUUGGAGAGAAGGAGAAAAAAUUUCAAGAGUUUCUGGUGUAUGUUUCAAACAAGAACAUAGCGAUGAUGUUGAUCUUGCAUUUGUGCUUGCAUCUUCUAAACACGAUAUAAGUAGUGCUGUUUUUGGUUUUUGUGGUUUUAUUAUUGCUUAA